CAGCCGGCACACAUGCAGCUAGCACCCAGCUGUUAUGUGUAGGUUGAAGCUGCCACCUGCUCGUAGUAGGCGUACACGGCCUGCGUGGCUGCCUUCUCCUCUUGGGCAGUGAUGUCUUGACCAAGAUACAGCCGGGCCUGCUCCACCCCCUGCCAUAUCAGAAUGUCGAUGCCGUACACACACUCACACCCAUGCGCGGCACCCUACACGCACAGAGACUCCCACACAUAUCCAUGCACGUUGUGUGUAACGUCCAUACCGCUUUGACGAGCGGUGUUUCUUUGGGCAGAUAGGCCAUCUCGAUGACCACUGGUGGCAGCGCAGAUGACGUGAACAGAGAGGAAGACACAUCCAAGGGCGAAGAACCCGGCACCGUGCCGAUCUGACCAGACACCAUAGAGAGAAAGCAACCAAUGCAGACGACCAACAGAACAACAGUCAUUGCGUCGUACCAGUGCGGCGAAUCCGCCUUGUGGUGUGUUUUGAGGGCCGUCGAUGACAAUUGUCUGCCCCCCAAACUCUGACGCUAAUGAGUCCGCCUGACAGAGGGACACACCGACCGACACCAAGAUUCCACCAGCACGCAUGUGUGUUUAGUUGUCGGCCGCCCACCUUGGUCUUCGUUCUGUUCCACAGGAAGAGGUCCAUCCCCAGCUUCUUGACGGCGUAGCAUGCGGCUCUGGCGGCCCCGCCAGCGCCCAGCACCAGCACGCUCUUGGCCGCCUGGUUGCCGCUCCGUGAAGUGGCGUGCUUGAGGCCACGUGUCAAGGCCAGGUAGUCGGUGUUGGUGCCGACCAGACGGCCCUUGGCAUCCUUGUAGAUGGUGUUCACCUGCAGACACACACAUACUACAUGCACAAAGGGGCACGGCAGCCGCCGUUCUGGCUGUCUGUGUAUCCACACACGUACCGCUCCGAUGAUCUUGGCGUCUUCGGACACGCUGUGCAGCAGUGGGGCGACCUUCUCCUUAAGUGGGAUGGUCACCGAUCCCCCACCGAAUCGCGGCGAGCUGAUGACGGCCUCGACGGUCUUCGGAUCGUCGGUCUCAUGCCUGCACGCACACACAGACGGACAGACAGCCAGACCGAGAGAGUGCGCAACGAUGGUGCAAGAGGUGAUUGAGUGCACGUGCCACUGACAAGUGGCCGACCUGUCGUAGUAGCACGGCACCCCUUUGACAGGGAAAAGUGCGUUGUAGAGGGCGGGGGAGGCCGACUUGGAUGUGGGCUUGCCGAAGACGUAGUAGAAACGGGUCGGCAGACCCAUCGAUUGCCUGCACCCUCACAGGCAGAGGAUCCAUGCGUCUAAUGAAGGGAUGGAUGUAUCCUUACCGCAUUGCGUCGAUCUCCUGAACGGUCAUUUGCCCAGGUGCCGCUUUGGUGCUGAGUGCCUUGUGUGUGACGGGCGUCAUGUGUGUGUUGAGCACGCGGGAGAGACGGCCGGCCUCGCCCAUCGCCAGGGCUAUCACGGGCUUGCGGACGCCACUGGACCUGAUAGCACUCAUCUCAUGACGGCACGUGUGUGUGAUGUGUGUGGUUCCUGUACCUGACGGCGUGGGCAAGUGUGAGGCAGUCGUCUGUGCAGCUGGCCGUGAAGACCACCUUGAUCACAUCCACGUAAUCGCGGUCAAACUGACGGAUCAGAUCUGCCCACACACACAUCGCAGCAGCCAUGAUGCAGCAAGCAUAUUGCCUGAGUUAGUGAGCUCACUCUGCACGUCGCUUGCCGGCGGCACGCCUGGCGAAAUGAAGUGCUGCGACAGGAUCAAUCGAGUCCGCCGUGGCUUCGAUCUCACGACGGUAUCAAUAAGCGAAGACGGCAGCCUGCACGACAACCACACGCACAGCCAUUGUGUGUAGCCUCCUACCCAUUUUCGGCUCACCCACCUCUUUUCCACGUCCACAAACUCCACGCCGCACCUCACACCCUCACACAGCAGCGCCGCCAUGGCCGUGUCGUCGCCGUCGAACCUCCCGCCCUCUCCUCUGGACCGCACCGUCAGCACUAUCGGUCGGCUCGUCUGGCUCCGGAUGUGGAAUAUCUGGUGCGGCAGGGUGGACGGGUCGGCCAGCAGGUCCACACGCAGCUCCAACGCGUCGACGUCUCUGUCAAGACAAAUGGAUGGAUGGAUGGCAAACAGCAGUGGAUACGUUGGUAGGUGUUGAUGUGGUGUGUGUGCUCACUUGGCCAUGUCUGCGAGGUUGAUGCCUGCCGUUGUGAGGUCUGGCGAUGUGAGUGAGAGGAAGGUGGAGCCCUCCAACACGGGAGAUGGUGGGGAAACAACGUGGCGGGUGAAGGUGCAAAACGCCUGAAGGAGAGCAUCGACACACCCUUGCAGACACCAGCACAGCAGUGGCCGUGUGUAUGUCCCUUUCACCUGUUCAACCGCCUUGUCAUCGGCCUUCACGGGUGGGCAGAACUCAUACGUCGACACCUACACACAAGAAGACAUUCCAAUGACAGGCCUGUCAGCGACUGUUUCCGUGUGAGUGCAUACCUCCUUGAACAGGGGUUUUCUGCGCAUGUACACGUCCCUGACAGGCUGGCCGUAAGCUGGCUUGACGGCCUCGUUCUCGCACCGCCGGAUGACCUCCUCGUCACUGACGUGAAUCCACACCACCUGCACAAAUACAAACGCAGCGGCAGAUGGACGAAUGGAUGGAUGGAUGGAUGUGUGUGUGUCAGCACCUGUUGUUCCUUCUGCAGCCGUUCGAUCGCCUUGGGUGACUCGACAAUGCCCCCGCCACACGCAAUCACCGGGGCCCUGUUACACAGACACGUAUAACAGAUGAGCGCCUCUUGCUGCUGUCUGCGUACUUUCCAUCCGGGAAGCUGGCGGGAUCCAGAUGGCGUGACAGAACAGCCAGCUCCUCCUAGGCGACAAACACACAUCACUGUGUGUGAUCCACACAUGCUCCACCCGCCCGCCCACCCACCUGUCUGAAUGCGUCCCAUCCGUGUUUCUCCACAAACGCCUUGAUGUCGAACGGGAAGGCCUCGUCCAGGUCCACAAAGGGCCGGCCGAGUCGGGUGGCCGCCGCCCUGCCCAGUGUCGUCUUGCCCACGUUGCGCAUCCCCACCAACACCAAUGGCGACUCGGACGGCACUGACGACGAUUGGAGGAUGUCCUCCACCUAAGAGCAAAGUGCGUGUGGGGGAGUGUGUGCUGUGUUGAUAUAUGUGUGUGGAGAUGGACAUGUACCUUGGCGUUGCUGCCUCUGAUGGUGAGCCCCAGGCGUUCUAGGACGUCCCAGUAGUCACUGAAGGUCUUCUCCACACAACGCCACUGCACACACACACAUGUGACACACACGCACAUCUCACAGGUGCGCCCCUCUCUCUCUUGCCCCCACGUCUAUCACUGUACCUCUGGUAUUUUGACGUUGGCCUGGACGCACGAGUAGACGCCGAAGCACAUGGCGAGUCGGUGGUCCUCAUGGCAGUUGAUGACGGUCGGUGCCGGGCAGCCCACCGGCGGGGGCGAGGGGAACAGCUCCAGGCCAUCUUGACGAUCGCGGAUCUGUACGUAUCCAUCCACGCACUACCAUGUGGGUGAAUGGAUCGGCGUGUUGUGUUUGGCCGUCGACCCACCUUGCAGCCACAUCUGGAAAGGUUGUCGACCAUUGCCUCUAUGCGGUUGCACUCCUUGACGCGCUGGUUCUCCACAUUGGUGAUGACGCAACACGGCUCGGAUGACUCGCCACUCGUGGCGUACACACACUGUGCCGCCCGGGCCAUGAGCACUCCCGCCGUCAUGAAGGUGUCGGUCAUCUUGCCCAUGUCGGAUGAGACCGGCAGCAGAUGGCCGUUGGAUGGGCCCGUCACCGUCACGCUCGUCUGCACAUGGACCACACACCCACACACAUACACACACACACUACUCGUUCGGUGCCCAUUCGUCUCGCCCACUUGGUCUGAUUCCACUUUGCACCCCAUCUCGGCCAGCAGGUGCACGAAGUUGGCGUCACCCUGACAGCACAGCACAGCACAGCACACAGCACAAUACGUGUGGACGCGAAGACACAUGGAUCCGUCUUGACGCACCUGCAGAGGUGGCUUGUCGACAGAUGGCAUCUUCAUGUUGACCGUCACCCUGCCCCCAGUUAUGGCCGCCAAAGCCAGGGGGUACGAGGCCGCCGACGCAUCGGCCUCUACGGCAUAAGUGGGGGGAUUGACGUACCCACCUGCUCAUACACACCAAGGAGUGCAGAAGGUGCGUGUGGUGGGGUGGUGGAUGAGAUACCUGUGGGGACUUUGUAUCGUCCCGGGCCGAGCUGCUGCACCUCAACUCCCCAGUGCUUCAUCAUCUGGAUGGUCAUGUCGAUGUAGGGCUGUGAUACGGCCUCCUGCACACCACUUGACGCGUCCUCCUGCACAGAGAGAGGGACACACAUAGAGAAAAGGUGAUGCAUCAUGUGUGUGUGUGUGUGUGUGUGAAUAGGGGUCGUGCCUGGAGGUGUUUGAGCUGCACUUCGACGCUCUCUUUGGCGAAGGGUGCCACCAUCAGCAUCGCACUCACAAACUGACUGCUCACCUGACCACAUCCAUCCAUCCAUCCAUUCAUUCAUCCAUCCAUCUGUAUGGGUGCUUCGUUGGCUACUUUGUUGUCGAUGGGUAUGUCGGCUCCCGGGAAGGAGGCCGACACAUCGGCUGACGUGUGGGUGAUCUCUAUCGGCGGACACCCCUCCUUGCCCAAAUACUGACAUGAAAGAAAGAAACACACAUCUGUGUGUGUGCGUGUGUGUAGUUGCACUUGUGUGGUGUGGCUGUGCUUGGGCCACCUUGACGUUGACGCCGGUGAAUGCGAGCUUGAUGCACUCCACCAGGUCCUUCAAAGGCCGCACGCGCAUCCGAUUGUUGCCGUCCAACACCACCUUGGUCAACACCUGACGAAUCCACACAUACACACACAUCCGGGUACAUGUGUGUGGUGUGCGCCCAUUUUCACAAAGACCUUUGGAUCGCUCCAGAGGAGAAUCAGGGUGAGUGCGGGUGUGAGGAAGCGGGCAACUGUCCCGGCAUUCUCCACCCACACAUGCAACACGCCAUCCUGCACAAACGUGCACAGACACACACACACACACGCGUAUACGCCCUUUUCGCCCAAUGCUCAUGAGGGCAGAUCCCCACCUCUAUCACGAAUUUCUUGGAGAGUGCCUUGGCCUGCUCUAUUCCCCCGCUGGUGACCCCCAUGCCCUCCAGCAUGACGUCAGGCACCUCGCCGCUGCCCUUGCGGUAUGUGAGUGGCACCGACAGCCGGUUGGCCAGGGCGGUGAGCAUCACACGGAUGUCCUCACACGCGGGCAGGUUGGACAACUCACACGGACCUGGGAGUGAAGGAGGAAGGGACAGAUUUGUGUGUGUGUGUUGCCUCGGUGUGGUUACCUCUGCCGAGUGCGGCGAGGAGGAGGGCACGGUUGGCCACCGACUUGGAGCCUGUUAGACAUGUGCAAUAAGAAAUGUGUGUGUAUGUGCAGAAGCAUGGGUAGUCGGUGUGUGGGUCCAUACCAGGCAGGAUGACACUCCCAUUGGCAAUCACUCGCGGAGGAGGCACCACCACGCCAUUCACAGCUGAGUCAGACACACACACAGACAUGUGGAUCUUGUUUCUGUUUUGCGUCUCACUCACCGUCUGUCUGUGUCGGGGCUUGCGUGUCCAGUGGUGACGUGAUUUCCACAGAGGGCGACAGCAGCCGGAUGAACAAAUCAUCAGACACAUCUGAACGAACAAAUUGCACGUGGCGAGCGACACUGUGGUUGACACCUUUUCCUUCCUCACAUUCCAUGAGUCCGUCUGCCGUCUUGCCGACGUCUGUGACCAUGACGAUUCUCUUGCGGCCGCCCUUGUUCUUUUUGUCCAUCGCCAUGUUGGACAUCAUGUGACCCACAUCGAAGUAGGGAGGCUGCAGGCGGGUCGGCAACUUGUAGGCCUGCAGAAGUGUGAAUCAUGACACACAUCGACGGCCGACCCACACAAUGAAGGCAUUGCUGUGCGUGGAGCCUGUGUUUGAAUGAGUGUGUGUGUGUGUGACCUGGAAGCAUUUUUCGGCUCUCUGGACGAGCUCUGCGCUGCACCGGCCCAUCGCACGUGCCGCCAUGAGCUCAUGCACACACCCCACACUCACACACUCGCCGUGCAGCCUACAUCCACACACACACACAUCCACACACACACACACUCACUCACGGAGACACUCCAACAAAGGCAUUCGUCCAGCGGAUGACCGCGCCCGGCUGACCAUGUGUUGUUGGGCAGCAGCUCGACUGCGUGGCCGACAGAGUGGCCGAAGUUGAGGAUAUUGCGGAUGCCGCCGUCGCGUUCGUCCUGCAUGACCACGUCGGCCUUGAAGGCGAUGGCGCGGUAUAUCAGCUCCUGCAGCAGCUUCGCGUCCUUCCUGCAGGGUGAGCACACACACACGCAAGAAUCUGUCGGCAUAUGCCGGGGAGAUGUGCGUGUGUGAGCCACACCUGUAUGUGGCAGCGUUGUCGGCGCAUAGUUCGAACACGUCAGGCAUCGAUGUGAGGCCCGACUUGAUGACCUCUGCCAUCCCUGCAUAUAGACACCACACACACAUGCAUUCACACACGUGUGUGUGUGUGUGUGACAGAGCAGCCAUACCGUUGGCCAUGUUCCUGUCGUCGAUAGUGUCGAGGAAGGCCAUGUCCACAUACACGGCCACCGGCUGCUUGAACGCUCCUGAUUGACACGGCGACACACAAACACACAUUGAUUGAGCAUUCUCUUGUGCUGGCCGAUACCGACCGACCGAUGAGGUUUUUCCCGAAAGGCGUGUUGACGGCGGUCUUGCCGCCGACCGACGAGUCGACCAUUGACAGCAGUGUGGUGGGGAUCUGGAUGAAACUGACACGGAGGAACAGACACACGAACGGUUGAGCAUUGAGUUGUUAGAGAUGCUUACUUGAUGCCUCUGUAGUAGGUGGCGGCCACAAACCCAAUCAUAUCACCAAUCACCCCACCACCCACUGACAUACACACACAUACGGCUAGCCAUCCAGUCAGCACCUGGUGGAGGUCCUUUCAGGUCACUCACGUGCCACGAGUACGGUGCCCUUGUCGCAUUUCUCUCUGAGCAUGAAGUCCUCGAUGCGGCCCUUCAUCUCGCGCGUCUUGCUCUUCUCCCCAUUGGGAAUCACGUACACCAGCACACGUGUCGGUGACGCAGAGUCGCCAGUCAGCUGCUGCUUUAGGGUGUCGAUGCGCUGCGGAUGGAGCCGCUCGAUGGUCACAUCCGUCACUAUCACAUACAUGGACGCGCCGAUCUUCUCCUGACACACACACACACCACAGAGGCAACCGACAUGAGAUGAAUGAGUCUGUCUGUCUGUCCGUCUAUCGGCGUGGUUUGUUUGAUUGUUUUUCUGACCUGCUUGAGGUGCUGUGCGAUGUGCGGCAGCAGAUCUCGCCCGAUGAGAAUCGAAUACUCGCCCGAGGCCGCCUUCAGGUCCACACGGGAGGCGCUCUCCAUCGCUCAAUGGAUCUCUCACUUCAGAUGUACCAGGGCUCGCAGAACAGCACUAUUGGGCAGGUCCUUCACGCAUUUGCCCCAAAGGACGGAG